AAAUUCUCACAGUUCUUCGUACGGUUUGAUCUUCGAUGGAUGCUGGUCUUCGGAGGAGGGAACUCUUUCGUGACGUCAUCAACCAAAGUUCGCAACAUUGACCGGUCGCCAGAGGAAAGGACAGAAAUAAAGAAAACUAUCGAAAUACGGCUCACACAGUGGUCAAGACGAGAUGGACGCGUUACGAUGCAUCCUGGCAGUAGUGCUGAUCUUAUGUGUGGCAACAGCCGUCGAGUCAGCGGAUAAUAAAUGUCGAACGGUAUACAAGACGUGGGGAAGUGAGAAGUACACCUCGUACUACAAACAGCGUUACUCCGUGAGCUGUGGCUUUUGUGGAUGGGCGCGGUGCACUAGAUACAGGCAAGUUUCCUGUGAUGCCUACCGUCGCAAGUUGUACACCAGCAUUCGAAAUGAGUGUUGCCCUGGCUGGCGUAGAGACCGCUAUGGAAGGUGCUCUAUGGCCAUAUGCAGCACUUAUUGUCCAUCAUCACGUGGAUCAUGCGUCAGACCUAACGUGUACCGGUGUAGGCCCGGAUACUAUGGUAGAACCUGCCAAUAUGACGUCAAUGAAUGUCAGAGUGAGUCGUCCAACCAAUGCUCACAGAUUUGCAUCAACACGGUCGGGAGCUACCGAUGUGAAUGCAACACAGGAUACCUUCUGGCCAGCAACGGUCGCAGCUGCACCGACAUCGAUGAGUGUUCCAUGUCUCGCACCCAAGAUUGUCACCAUAGGUGCGUGAACACGCCGGGCAGCUACAGAUGUGAAUGCUAUUGGGGUUACGACCUAAAUCAAGCUAAUGGGAAAGAAUGUCGAGAUAAUGACGAAUGCGCCGGAAUGACUGACAGCUGUGACCAAUUAUGCAUGAACGUAGGAGGAAGCUACAGCUGCGAUUGCUCAAUGGGAUAUGAGCUCUUCUCUGGUAGACGAUGUCGCGACAUUGAUGAAUGUGAACUAGGAAGACCGCAUCACGACUGUGAUCAGGGUUGCACCAAUGCCGUGGGCACUUUCAACUGCUCAUGUGCAGAUGGUUACCAACUUGGGAUGGACGGCAAAACGUGCCUUGAUGUAGAUGAGUGUGCACCCCCUAUGAACUGUGACAUGAUCAAAAUAUGUGACAUCACAGGUCAAAAACCAAACUGCUCUUACGUCAGCGGUAACUUGACUGACAUCGGUGAAUGUGAUGAUGUUAAUGCAUGUUCACUCGUAGACUACAACUGCACCGAGUUGCAGGUCUGCCAGCCCAUAUCGCAGAAUCUCACUUGUGCAUGCAUUGAACGUGAUGGACACGCCCUGACGGACAGUAGAGGAGCUGUUUCUGGCAGUCCCUCGACCGACCCAUCCUUGCUACGACGCUGUGAGACUGUGAAUGGGCAUUUCCAUUGCAACUUGCUUCAAGACUACCAACUCAUCCUUGACGACACAUUUUGUGAGGACGGGAUUAAACAUAACUGCACGGAGAUGGAAGUCUGUAGAAACACGGUGGGCGGUUAUGAAUGUCCUUGUAAAGCUGGCUACAUCAUGAACAACGACACCCAGGAAUGCGAUGAUAUUGACGAGUGUUCGACUGACUACAUGAACUGUCCGGAGGGAACGGUCCAGAUUUGUCAGACCAACGUCAACGGGACCAUCGAAUGCCAGUGCGUGGAGGGAACGCUCCAAGAGUGUGGCGGUGAUAAUUGCGACCUGUGUGAGGGCGGUGUGCGGGUAUGCAGUGAUGAGAACACAUGCACCUGCCACAGGCAAUUCUUUCUGAACGCCGCCAACGAACCUUGCAAAGGAGGAGGAUGUGGGGAAAUGAUCCAUGAUUGCACCGAGAUGGAGAAUUGCGUGAAUACCAUCGGAGGGUACAACUGCACAUGCAUGCAGGGCUACAUCAGGGAGGACGUCGUCAACGGAACUUGCAAAGACGUGAACGAGUGUCAUGAUGAAACAGCCCUGUGCAACCAUCUGUGUAUGAACAACGUUGGCAACUACUCCUGCACAUGUGUGGAGGGCUUCAUGCUGGAUCCAGACGGCUACACGUGCCGCAUGCGUAUGGGCCUCUACGAGGCCUACUCAGCGCUUUCACUGGAGGAGGGACUCGAUGAACCGAUGGAAAUGUCGUCGUCCAUGAGUGUGUCAUCGCAAGGCUGGCUGUUCCCGCUUGGCAUGGUCUGUGGUAUUGCCAUCAUUGCUAUCACAGUUGUCGGGAGGAACAAGUCUGAACGAUUCCGACACGGGACAGACGUGCCACUGAACGCGAUGCGUUCGCUUCAGCGUCGCGUGACACGUAGCCGCUCCAGUGGAGGUGGCCAAUCCAACGUCUACAUGGCGACUCCCAGCCGAGAGCCGGGCGGCGGGGCAGCAGAUCCCAUGAAUGAUGACGCCGUCUACACCCCUAACACCGUAGGCCAGGUACGUGGUACUAGGGUCCUGGCAGGGUCGGUAGUGGCAGACGACAUCGAUGUGUACCAGGUACCGACUGCCUUACACUCAGUCAGUGGCACGCUGGAAUCAGUUCCCAAAGAACCUGUCCCGAGUGCGGCGGUGGUAGAUGACGAACCGCAUUAUCUGUUUGAGGAAUUCGGGGCGCCAGAAUCCAAACCGAAUAACGAAGGCACGGAGCUUUAUGAAAGCUACGAAAUUCCACCGGCAGCCGUGGACAACGAAGACCUGUACUUAGAAAUGAUGGGGUGAUAGGGCAGCGCGGCAUUACGUAAGCUGGCGACAAAACUCUUUUCAGUAGCACGUGCGUUUUAAUCGUUUGCUACGUGUUUCAUUGGUUGCUACGUGUUUGGUUCAGCAAUCCCGACUCAUCAAGAACUGUUCAGUUUUGUGAAAAUUGGUCCGGGAACAAGAUAAAGAGAUUUCAGAAGUUCCUGAAUGUCUUUAAUAGAAUGUCCUUCAUAGUUUCUGACAUCCAUGUGCACCUUGUGUUCAGUAUCUUUGGAAUUGAUCACCACUGUUGAUACUAUUUUCAUAAAUCUUGUUGUUGACGAUAUUAUUUUCAACAAGAAAGGUGUGCGUUCUUUAAGCAAAACGAAAACAAUU